AUCAUUCCCACUGUUGCGUCGGCGCCGAAUCGGUCUCGAUCGAGGGUGCCUUGAUGCGUCAACAUGGGGGUUCUGCUGCGCCUGAGCGAGCUGAUCGUGUUGAUCACGGUGUUGCUACUCGUCUACAUCUGUCCUUUUAGCAAGGUCGAGGAGAGCUUCAACACACAAGCCAUCUACGAUAUUGUUCACCAUGGCCGCAACCUGACAGCAUAUGACCAUCAUGAGUUUCCAGGCGUGGUGCCGCGCACGUUUACCGGCGCCUUGCUCGUCGCACCCUGGCUGAGCUUCUUCAACUAUAUUUUUAGCCUUGAUGGCUUUGCGCAACAGCUUGCCGCUCGUGCAAUCCUAGCCGUCCUCGUUUGGUGUGGACACGUGAGCGUGAGCCGUGCUGUGCAACGUCGCCUAGGGCGAAACGCAGCCCUGGCAUUCAAUUUGAUCUCCGCCGUUCAGUUUCAUCUCCCCUUUUACAUGUCGCGUACCCUACCCAACACCUUUGCGCUCAUUUGCUCUAAUUUUGCUCUGGCCGCCGCCAUCGAUAACCGUUGGCGCGAGUUUACCGCCAUCAUCGCCCUCGCCGUCCCUCUCUUUCGAGCUGAGCUUGUUGUUUUUGCUGGACCCCUCUUCCUGUUGGCCUUGUUCACACGGCGCCUCAACGUUACCACCAUGUUGGGCGUUGGACUGCCUACUGGCCUCUUAACCAUCGCCUUCAGCACUGUCAUCGACUCGUGGUUCUGGGGCCGCUGGCUGUGGCCGGAAGGCGAGGUGCUUUGGUUCAACACUGUCCUCAACAAAAGCAGCGAAUGGGGCGUUAUGCCGCCCGGCUGGUAUUUCUUGUCCGUGCUGCCUCGCAGUCUCAACGUAGCUUUUCAAUGCCUAACCCUCUCAUUUGCUUUGCUCGACCUGCUCCUGCUUGACGAUAGUCCCAUUCUCGUCUGUGGCCUGGCUUUCCUGGGCCUCUAUAGUGCUCUGCCUCACAAGGAGCUGAGAUUCGUCAUCUACGUUCUGCCACUGUUAAACGUGGCCGCAGGCAUUGGCUUGGCUGACUUCUGGGACUGCCCUCGGGCACGAGGCGCUCUCUUCUCGUGGCUGGGUCGACUGAUCGUUAUCGGCGCUCUCUUGGGAGGACUUUGCUGUGCCAUGAUCUUUUCGCGAGCAGCUAUGCUCAACUACCCAGGAGGUGAGGCCAUGCGUUGGCUUCAUCAACACGCCCAAACGCCCAACGCCACCCUGCAUGCCUGCAAUUUGGCAGCGCAGUCAGGCGUCACGCGAUUUUUGGAGCAUGACCUUUCCCUUCACCUUUCCAAAGUUGAAUCAUGGACAGAUCAGAUCCGCCCAGAGCAAUUUGAGUGGUUGAUUGCUGAGGCACAUGAUGUUGCACUAUACCAGCAGCAUCAUACAAUCGUCGAUACCAUCAAGGGGUUUUCUCGAAUGCGAUUGCAAAAAGCGUUUCCACCCUUGGUCUUUGAAACAGUACCACAAUUGUACAUAAUGCAACGCAUUUCCCAGUAA